CUCGAGGCCCAUAUUCGCGACCUCCCCGCGCAGCUCCACCCGCGACAGAGGCGUCACCCCAUCGCGCACUGCCGCAGUCUUCAGCCUCCAGCGCGCCGUUCGCAUCUCCUGCUGCCCCCAUUGCUGCGCCUGCGACCCCGCGACUCCCUGAUGAGCACACCCGCGCCCGCUUGAUCAGCACCCAACGCCCGCCUGCCGCAGAAUGCAAGUCGCGCGCUCGUCGCUCGCUGCUUCGUUCCCCUCGGGCUCGUCCUCGCAGCCUGCCAUGUACGCCGGCUCGCCUCCCGGCAUGAUGGCUGCUCCCAGCUUCACCCGCUCCUUCUCCGACGUGAAUGGCUACCAGCAACACGCCAUGGAGAAGCCACAGAUAUACACCGCCGUCUACUCCGGCGUGUCCGUGUACGAAAUGGAGGUCAACCGAGUCGCCGUCAUGCGCCGACGCUCCGACGGCUGGCUCAACGCGACCCAGAUCCUCAAGGUUGCCGGCGUCGACAAGGGCAAGCGCACAAAGGUCCUAGAGAAAGAAAUCUUGACGGGCGAGCACGAGAAGGUCCAGGGCGGCUACGGCAAGUACCAGGGCACCUGGAUCAACUACCGCCGAGGGAGAGAGUUUUGCCGGCAGUACGGCGUUGAGGACAUCCUCCGGCCACUCCUAGAUUACGAUAUCAGCGCAGACGGCAACGCUGGGCAGGGUAUUGAGACGCCGACCAAGGAGCAGGCUAUGGCAGCCAACAGGAAACGCUUCUACACGCAGAGCAUGGAUGGUCGCAGCACAUCCCAGAACGUCGGUGGCACCUUCUUCUCCAAUAUCUCGUCCACCGCAACGAGCGCUCUUGCGGCCAUGAACAAGGUUGCCAGACUGAACUCGCCCGCGCCCCGUCCCGGAAGCUCCUCGCAAGGCCGCAGAUCUAUGGGUCGCCCAUCGCAGGGACCGAUUGGGAGCCAAGAGUCCUUCCGCGCAAGCAGCCAGCAGAGCGUGCCGAGUCUAGCCUCGGAACGCAGCUUCGGCGCCAACGGCCAUGCCGAUUCUGCAUAUGCUACCGGCAUGGAUGACCCGCAGGAACCACCGAGGAAGCGCAUGCGCGCGUCGCAAGAAGAGUCUUUCUCGCAGCCGAACGGGUCCGAUGUGGUGAUGCGGGAUCACGGUUCGCCGACCGAGCCAAACGAGUCCUUCUACCAGACUGGCCAUCAUCUGACGACGACAGACGGCGAGGUUCCCACGGCGCUGCCUCCCCUGCCCCAUCCCAGCGACAAGGUAUCAGAAGAGAAGCGGGCCAUGUUGACCGACCUCUUCGCAGACCAGUCGCGGACUGAUUUCACGAACCAUCCCGCAAUACUCCACCUAUCAGGCUCAGACUUGGACAUGCCCAUCGAUAACAGUUCGAACACUGCGCUGCACUGGGCGGCGACGCUGGCUCGCGUAUCACUCAUGCGGCUGCUAGUCUCAAAAGGGGCGAACAUGUUCCGAGGCAAUGCCGCUGGCCAAACCCCUCUGAUGAGCGCUGUCUCCGUAAACAACAGCUUGGACCAUAGUUGCUUCCCGGAAACACUGGAGAUCCUGGCUCCGCUGAUCGAGCUCCGGGAUGCGCAAGGACGGACCAUCCUUCACCACAUCGCAGUGACGUGUGCCAUCAAAGGUCGUGCGGCGUCGAGCAAAUACUAUCUGGAGGCGCUUCUUGAAUACCUCGUGCGGAGCAACAUCGGGAACAGCCAGUCGAGCUCGUACGAAGGAAACGGCAACUACCCGAAGCCAAUCGGCCUGAUGCGUUUCAUGCAAGAGAUGGUUAACGCUCGGGAUAAGGCUGGGAACACCGCGUUGAACCUGGCAGCGAGGAUAGGUAACCGAAACAUAAUAUCGCAGCUAAUGGAGGUCCAAGCGGAUCCUUCGAUACCGAAUCACAAGGGCACACGUCCGAUCGACUUCGGCGUCGGUAGCGAUGCGGACGCCGACGCAUCUGCUGCGGUCAGCAGCCCGAGCAAGGGUAAGGCACCGCUGAGCAAGGUGGAGGAGACAAGCCGGGAGAUCCAGCCUCCAGUCAUGAGCGGCAUAUUGCAAAGCGCAAGCAUGCAGUUCACACAAGAAGCGCGCCUCAAGCAAGACAACAUCGACCGCACCAACGAAGCAAUAGCCCAGCUCUCGGCUUUGCAGAAAACAGAGCAACAGCGUCUGGAGACCCUGCGCGCUCGCAUUCGCGCGCGGCAGGAUCGCUCAAAACGAAUAUCCAACCUGAAGCGAUGGUUAGAUCUCCAGCGCCAGAACCUCGCCGUAAACACCAACACCAACCUCCGCGAAAAGCGCACAGUUGGCUACGCUGAUAUGGAAGGCGCGAAUGUUGUCCUCUCGGGCGAUGAGCUGCCCCCUGAACUCCGUGCAGCUGGCGACCAUCUCAUUCGCAAAGCAUCAGACGGCGCGUCAUACCUCUCUACUCCGCUGCCCUUCGACACUACCCUCCUCGCGCAAAAAUACGCCCCGCUUCUUGCUCAGCUACCUUCUAUCUCAACACUCCGGCACCGUCUUGAGGUGUAUACGCAGAAUAACAAGGACCUGGCCGGCCGGAGUAGGAUACUCAAGGAAAAGGACGGUCAGCUUGAGGUCAUGUACAGGAAGGUAGUCAGUCUGUGCACGAAAGUCGAUGAAGCGAGAGUGGACAGUGUGCUGGAGGGAUUGGUGCAGGCGCUGGAUAGCGACCCGCUUGACGGCGUGGAGGUCGGUCGCGUAAGGGAGUUCUUGAGGAAGGUGGAAGGUGUUGAAGGAUGAGCUGUGACGUGUCCGCCUACGUCGCAAGUUCCAGCAUGACGAAGGUAUGUCUGUAUCAUUUCUCUUAUGUGCUUUUAUCGCGAGCUGCCACCCGCGAUGUCCCUCACGACCUCUAUUUGGAUACGAUGGGAUUCCUUUGUGAUUGUUAUAGCGUCGGCGUAUGAAGCGCGGGCGGCUCUUCGGAGCGAUUAGCGCAUGGAGCAUGGAGGUUGAGCAGUCAUGGUGUGCAUGUUCCCUUCGUGUGCAUAUGAAACGAGAGAUAUCUUUUUCUUUCUAAUGACAUGCCGUUUCGUUCGGUGCAGCUCAUCCGCUUGCCGGGG